GAAGACCCACGCCCCACAACAAAGGCCCCAGUUCUCACCAUCUCUCCUUACUACUCAAGUUUUCAAUACCCCCUAAACAAUCAGAGACAAAACAAAAGGCAUGCCCCUGGAAAUUGCUGGUGUUGUCCUAGGGGCUCUCGCGUUAGUUAGUAUUGCCAGGGUGCUUCUUCCGGCUAUGCCUAUCUAUGCUAACUAUCACAGGCCGGACCAACUUAUAAGCUCUAUAAAAAUUGUAGCCAGCUUAUAUUAGAUAUCCGGAAUUACGAGAAAGGCUUGAUAGGAUGCUGUCAUAGCAUUGCUACUCAAAAAGGGCUGUAUGCGGACACAUGGACUCUGACGUUGUCGCUUGUCAAGGUAGAGAAGGAUCUUGCUGCUGUUAUGCUCGAGGAUGAAAACCACCCGCAGUGGAAGGAUCCGGAUUUCCUAAAAUUGUGGACUGAGACUAUCGGUAGUCACUUCGAUGCUGGUGUGAAAGUCACACAAGAUACUCUUAAGGAGAUUGAGGAAAUAUUAUCUAGUGUUCAGCAGUGUCAGAAGAGUACUAAGCAGGGUUCAUUUAUUAAGGUGUGUGGAUUUAAGUUGAUAUGACCGUUAUAAUAAUAUCAUGACUCUAGCCUAGAUGUUGUGCAACAGCUGGGAACUAAUCACCUUGGUUUAGUCCUCACGAUCUGCUGUAGAUAGGAAAAUUCGGAAGUUUGGUUGGGGUUUGAAGAGGAAGGGGGACCUUCAGGCCUUAAUCAAUACGCUUCGGGAACAGAAUCAGGACCUCAAACACAUAUACGACCAAAGAGAAGCAUUGCAAAGGACUCCGAAACCAAAGUUCCGGGAACUGAAAAGCUACAGGGACCCAGACCUGUUGCUAGCUCGAUUGCUUGCCAUCCGGGAAGUGUCAAAAACACUUUACGACAGCCUUGCGGGAGUGUCCACUUGCUUCUGUCACCGCGUCAAUCUCCGACUCCAGUUUGAUGUUGACGGGACACCAGAGCCAAUAUCAGAUCCAAAACCAGGGUCACCCAUUGUACGAACGAACGGUGGUCUACCAGCUGUCAUCCGCAGUACAAAGUUUCGUUUAAUUGUUACCAAGGAGGAGGGGUACGAUGGCCCCUUUUCUCGGCCAAUUGAAGCCUGCUCGGGAACAUGUAUGGUGAUUACCUCAGAACUUGUACCUGCGGACAGUGAUACAGGCGGAUUGCGACGCCCAGUGACGGUCGUAUCACAAGAUGAUGGACUGCUGCAAAAGUGUGCGCAGUCCGCUGAUAAAGUUAUCCAAACUUCAUCUCGGGCUGUCGCUACAAAGUCGGAUGGCGGACGAGUCCCGAAUCCGGAACACGGGUCGGAGGCGGGGAGGUUAGUCACUUUGGAGUUCAGCUCUCAGCCGGCCGUACCGGGUGGGGCCUCGGCUGGGCGGGGAGGUGCGGCGAUCGCUACCCCGCUGUCAAAAAUUCCGGCGGAAUCUACAGCCCCCGGGGCCUCAAUACCACCAAACAGUGUAGCAGAGAUUGAUAGUCUGUGCCUCCUAAUGCAAAAGCUUGCCCCAAAAAGCCCGACCAACCACUGUCUCGGCCUGAUUAAAAGUUGUGAUACGGUCCGCCGCCACUUUAUAUAUUGCGAUCAACCAAGCGUUUUAAGAACCCCCUACCGCAAAUCUUUAGAAACAAUACUUGAUGAGAUGGCCCUUCUCCAAGACGACCGCCUACGAAUUAGCCUAACGCUUUCAAAGUCACUGCUUCAUCUUGGCUCCUUUUCAAGAUCUUUCUUCCAAGAGCGGUGGCGAAGCCGUGAUAUCUUCUUCUUCUUUCAAGCACUCCAAACUCCUCUCCCCACCGAUACUGUCGGCGAACCCUAUGUAAUCCCGAUCUUCGACAAAGCACCAAAUAGUAUUGAAGACGAAGCCGAUGGCAAUGACGAAGCUAUUGCAUCUCCUGCAAGAUCUGAACAGCUGUUCAGCCUAGCACUCACCCUUAUCGAAAUCGGUUUUGGAAAGCGGCUAUGGAAGAUUCCAAGCCGAGCUACGAUUCCGGAAAAGGCGGACUUUAUUGCAGAGUAUCUGAAGGCAAUGGAUAUCUUAAAAACGGGAUUGUUGGAGAGAAAGAUGGGUCUCAGGUUCGCUCAGGUUGUCAGGAGAUGCCUUUACUGUGAUUUCGGAAUUUAUGAGGACGAUCUUUCAAAGAAAGAGUUACAAGACAUAUUUUAUAGGGAGGUGGUAGCUAACCUCGAGCGCUGUUUGGAAACACAUCUAAGGGGGUAGUUGCCCCAAAAUGAGACAAUUUUUAUGCUUUCCUACCGUAUAUCGUACGAAAUCGAUUGUAUAGCUACCAUUAACUUUAAGGACCCGAAAUCGAUACCGAAAUGUGCAUGUGCGCUAUGUGCAAAGCCCGGAGCGGCUCAUCACUUAUUUUACCGAAAUCCCCUGCAUCCUGAGUUUUUUUUUAGGGAUAGUGGUUCGAAAUGCUUUGCAUCUGCAUCAUCCCCUCUCUCCUAUUCCCCGGUUCGCAGGACACACAUGGGAGAAACCCCAUCUACAAAACCUAUCCGGAGGAGGUAACAGCUUUCUAGGAACCUAGCAGGCCUCUGCCCAUAACCGACAGCAGCAUCGCCGAGCAAGCUCUCAUAUAGCAAUCUCAAAAUCAAACACACCAUGAUAAACACCAGGGAGCGUGAAACGACCAGCAAUCAAAAAUAUAUGUCAAGCAGCAUAGGGUUUGAGAGAAACCGUGCGGGCACAACUUGGAUAUCCUGUGUCUAGCUAAGUUGCAUAGAGCGUGAGGGGAUGUUAGAAAUCGCGAGAUGCUGCUCGGCAU